GCUGCACCCAGGAUCCAAACCCUGGAAACUCUGGGCCGCCAAAGCGGAGCACGGGAACUUGGGAACUUAGCCACUCAGCCACAGGGCGGCCCCUGAGUUCCUUUUUAUUAUUAUCAUUUUCUUUUAGGGUAGAUAUAAUAAUUUCCAUACUGUAAAGUGCACGUCUUAUGCAUACAGCUGAGUGACUUUUUACGUGUUUCUACCCAAGUAAUCACCACCCAGAUCAAGAUAUAGCACAGUUCAGGCACCCCAGGAACCUCCUUUGGGGACCCUCCUGGUGCACACCUUGCCAAUCUAUCACGGUAGAUUAGUUUUGCCACCUUUUCAACUUCAGAUUCCUUUUACUUUCACUCACACAUACCUAUUCAUAGGCUUUAGUCAUCGGAAAUGCCCUGCCCCAGUGAAUGCCAUUUGGGGCCUAUAGUGUUCCUCUUUGAUGGGCACUGGCUGUUCCUUCCGCCCUGGGAGGGCUCAGAUCCCACCCGAAACUUCUGACAACGUUGCACGAAUGAAUGAAGGAAGGAAGGAAGGAAAGUCACAGCGGCGACGGAAUGGGCGCCCCGGCGGGAGGGCGCCACGACCGGUUCCUGCCGGGAAGGGCCGAUCGGACAGUCACGUGACAGGGGCCGCGCCUCCCCGGCAGGUGCGGCAGGUGCGGUCACGUGACCGGGCGGCCCUGCGGGGCCCGGCCAUUUUGCGGGGCGGUCACGUGAGAGACGCACGUUCCGCGGGGCGCUCACGUGACUGGGGGCGUGCUGCGGCCGCCCGGGCGGACCCGGCGAGAGGCGGCGGCGGGAGCGGCGGUGAUGGACGGGUCCGGGGAGCAACCCAGAGGCGGGGGGCCCACCAGCUCUGAGCAGAUCAUGAAGACAGGGGCCCUUUUGCUUCAGGGUUUCAUCCAGGAUCGCGCGGGGCGGAUGGGGGGAGACACACCCGAGCUGGGCCUGGAGGAGGUGCCCCAGGAUGCGUCCACCAAGAAGCUGAGCGAGUGUCUCAAGCGCAUCGGAGAUGAGCUGGACAGUAACAUGGAGCUGCAGAGGAUGAUUGCGGCCGUGGACACGGACUCCCCCCGCGAGGUCUUUUUCCGAGUGGCAGCUGAGAUGUUUUCCGACGGCAACUUCAACUGGGGCCGGGUUGUUGCCCUUUUCUACUUUGCCAGCAAAUUGGUGCUCAAGGCCCUGUGCACCAAGGUGCCCGAGCUGAUCAGGACCAUCAUGGGCUGGACACUGGACUUCCUUCGAGAGCGGCUGCUGGGCUGGAUCCAGGACCAGGGUGGUUGGGACGGCCUCCUCUCCGACUUUGGGUCACCCACGUGGCAGACAGUGACCAUCUUUGUGGCCGGAGUGCUCACCGCCUCGCUCACCAUCUGGAAGAAGAUGGGCUGAGGCCACCAGCUGCCUUGGACUGUGACUCUUCUGCAUAAAUUAUGGCGUUUUGCUGGGAGGGGCGGGGAUGGGGGCAAUUU